UAAGUGAUACAUUAUAAACCGGAUAUAGCACAAUGAUGUUAACAUUUUUCUCCCAAGUGAAUGUUUUUUAGGUGACUUAAUUUCAAAUACCUUAGUUUUCUACUGUGUAUAACUGGGUAGGGGUAAGCUUCAGGUGAUUCAUGAUCUUUUUGAUAGGAUAAUUAGUGAGCACAAGUUUUGAUUUACAUUAUUUGUAAUCUCGAACUGUCAAGAUGGCUCAGUGAGUAAAGGCAUCUUCUGCCAAGCCUGAUGAUGGGAGUUCAGUCCCCAGGACUCAUACCACUACUGUGCUGUGGCACUUGCAUGUGUGUGUACCCAGAUGUCUUUAUGAAGGCACUUGUGCAUACCCAAAUCCCAUACUGUUUGCUUGUGUGAAGGAUGGAUGGCAGUUCUAGGUUGUGAGUGGUCGUGUCCCAUCCCCAACCCAACCUGGGCCCCCAGACAGGGUUUCUCUGUGUAGCUUUAGCUGCCCUCGAACUCAGAGAUCCAACUGCCUGCACCUCCCCUGGGAUUACAGGUGCGUGCCACUGUGCCCGGCUAGUUGUGAGUGGUCUUAAUGAGCCUUUGAUGGUUUUUAGUCCUAAGAAAUUAAAUUGUCUUCUUCUACCUCCCUCACUUGACAAGCCAAAUCCAACUUUCAAUUUAAGUGGUUGGCGAAGAGCUUGGAGCAAGAUGAAUUUGCUGGUGGCAGUAUGGAGCAAUGAGUGUUCACACACACACAGUUAGUUAUUUGAUACCAACAGUCUGAAGACAAGUGUUCCAUCCUUAGUUCUGAUAUAUCAUAAUGGACUUUGAUAGAAUUGGUCUCUUCAUUGCUUGAAAUGAGGCACUUUUUGCCAUCUGUGGAAACUAACCUGUAAUUUAUUUUCCUUGCUGCAGUAUUGAGAAUUAUACCAAAGCGAAAAGAUAUGAAUGAAUAUCCUAAAAAAAGAAAAAGGAAGACUUUACACCCUUCUCGUUAUUCAGAUUCUUCUGGAAUAAGCAGAAUCGCAGAUGGAGUCAGUGGGAUCUUUUCUGAUCAUUGUUACAGUGUCUGCUCUAUGAGACAGCCAGACUUAAAAUAUUUUGACAACAAAGAUGAUGAUUCUGAUCCUGAGACAUCAAAUGACUUGCCCAAAUUUACAGAUGGAACCAAGGCCAGAAACAGGAAUCAGAACUACCUGGUUCCCAGCCCCGUUCUUAGGAUUCUAGACCACACUGUCUUUUCCACAGAAAAGUCUGCUGACGUUGAAAUCUGUGAUGAAGAGUGUGACUCACCUGAGUCAGUACAUCAGAAUAUUCAAGAGGAGAACCCUAUAGAGGUUCAUACCUCAGAAGACGUCCCAAUUGCUGUAGAAGUCCAUGCAAUUUCUGAAGAUUAUGAUAUAGAGACAGAGAACAAUUCCUCUGAGAGCCUCCAAGACCAGACUGAUGAAGAACCACCAGCUAAACUCUGUAAAAUACUUGACAAGAGCCAAGCUUUGAAUGUGACUGCCCAACAGAAGUGGCCUUUAUUGAGAGCCAACAGCAGUGGCCUCUACAAGUGUGAACUUUGUGAAUUCAACAGUAAGUAUUUUUCUGACCUAAAACAACAUGUGAUCCUGAAACACAAGCGCACUGACUCGAAUGUAUGUCGGGUGUGUAAGGAAAGUUUCUCCACCAAUAUGCUGCUUAUUGAGCAUGCCAAACUUCAUGAAGAAGACCCCUACAUCUGUAAGUACUGUGAUUACAAGACAGUGAUCUUUGAGAACCUCAGCCAGCACAUUGCAGAUACCCACUUCAGCGACCACCUUUACUGGUGUGAGCAGUGUGAUGUGCAGUUCUCUUCAAGCAGUGAGCUCUACCUGCACUUCCAGGAGCACAGCCGUGAUGAGCAGUACCUGUGCCAGUUCUGUGAGCAUGAGACCGGUGACCCUGAGGACUUGCACAGCCAUGUAGUCAAUGAGCAUGCUCGAAGACUGAUAGAGCUCAGUGACAAGUGCAGCAGUGGUGGGCAUGGGCAGUGCAGCCUUCUAAGCAAGAUCACCUUUGACAAAUGCAAAAACUUCUUCGUGUGUCAAGUAUGCGGCUUUCGGAGCAGGCUUCACACAAAUGUGAACAGACAUGUUGCUAUCGAGCAUACCAAAAUAUUCCCUCAUGUUUGUGAUGACUGUGGGAAGGGCUUUUCUAGCAUGUUGGAAUAUUGCAAGCAUCUAAAUUCACAUUUAUCUGAAGGGAUUUAUUUAUGCCAGUAUUGUGAAUAUUCAACAGGACAAAUUGAAGAUCUAAAAAUUCAUCUAGAUUUCAAGCAUUCAGCUGACUUGCCUCAUAAAUGUAGUGACUGCUUGAUGAGGUUUGGGAACGAAAGGGAAUUAAUCAGUCACCUUCCAGUCCACGAGACUACCUGACUGUUAGCUUUACAUAAUGUUUAUGUAAAAGAAUAAAUCCUUUUCUAAUGUUAAAGUGGGUAAGCUCAAACACAACUUAUAUAAUUUGCCUUUGACAAGUUUUCUGACUUAGUUUUUCUGACAUUACUGUAUUUUUGAGUAUAUAAUUAUACUUAAUGGUGGUGUUUUCAAUUGCAUGACAGUCCGUAGUUGUCACUUUUGGUGAGUUUCUUGCCUGUGCUCCAACUUAAUGAAUGGAAACAAAGGUACUGAAGAAACUGA